CUCUGCCCCAUCUAGAGCAGAAUGUCCCCACCAAGAGAACACUGGGCCCAGCCAGCAUUUCUUAUGGCUCCAGCAGUAUUGGGCAUUGCAAAUUAGGCAAAUGUUUCUGCCUCAUGUGCAGUCAUAAGUAAAUACUCUAAGGAUAUGUGAACAACACCUUAAAGGCAACAUGUUCAGGUCACCACCCAAAGCACACUUGUGUGGAUAGCACCAUGGCAAAAGGCCAAGGGGGUAUAGCUCAGUGGUAGAGCGUUUGACUGCAGGUCAAGAGGUCCCUGGUUCAAAUCCGGGUACCCCCUUCCCAUGCUUAAAGUAAAGGAAAACAUAGCCUAUUUUACAUAGUUUGGAGCUUUUGGGUGGAAUGCACGGCCAACUUGGAAUUUGUCUUUAGAUGCAGGAAGCAGAGAGCUCACCAGGUGGAACCAAAGAAGAGCCAAGCAACAUUCCAAUUCCAAUCUGGGACAGCAGGAUGGGUGCCAAAAAUCUAGACUGGCCUGUGAAAAGUGAGACAGUUGGAAGGUAUGGGUUUUAUUGUCCUGACAUUUUCUCUCUCAUUCCCUCAGAGCUGAUAUGAGUAUUUAACCUGGACUGCCAUGAAGACUGGAGCAUAAUGUCAUUGCAUUGCUUUCCCCCAGAAUUUAAGCAUCCAAUUUAAGGGUCCAAUAGAAAGAGCAUUUUUUGGAGUCCGAUGGCCAAGAUUUUUAUUCAAAAUUUAGAAUUUAUUCUUAAACAAGAAUUCCAGCGUAAUGGCGGACACUUGGGGAGUGACGCCCACUUCAGUUGUGCCUGAUGCAUCCAAACACAGUGUGGGGAGUGCAUCACAUCUGACAAGCAGUAUCAAAAUGGCAUUAGCCCAUGAUUCUUUUCCAACUGAUUCAACACUACCAUGUUCAUCUGCUGUUCAAGCACAGGCCCCUCAUAGAGGAGGCAGACCCAGUUCCCCCUCCUCCAUGGGAUCUGUUUGCUUUGUAAUUAUACCACUGUUUACUACAUUUAAUGGAAACUAUUCAAACAUUUAUCAAGCCUCUUUAUAUUUUUUCUUUUUAAUGAUUAGAUACUCCUAUUUUAUCAAAUGUUGGUGAAUUGCAGAUGUGUUAUCCUGAUGCAGAUGAUUAAGCAUGACAUGAACAAGGAAGAUAAAUGGUGGAUUGUAAUAUCCAUCAGCUGGAACAGGUGAAAUAGAGAUUUUCGUAGGGCAAUGCCCCAUAAAGAUCCAUAUAGGAUAAAUGGCUAUAAUGAUUGGCAGGUAAAGCGAUUCCUGCUUCUACCUGGGUAUUUGUGAGAGUUCUACUCAUCCACAAAGUUUAUAUUUAGAAAGGAUUCUCUGAUGAACAAAGGUUGAUCAAUCUGUAUUCUAUAUACUUUUCAAACUGCUGCUCAGACUCAACUGGCACAUGCCACUCAGGGUCCAACUGUCACAACUGUCAUUUAGCCAGUUUGGAGAGAUAGCAGGAGCUUGUGAGACAUGGAGAGAGAUUUUGGAGAUAAAUGCGGUAGAAGAGAUUUUUUUUUGCAGGAAAGUGAAUUUUCAGCGAAGAAGAAGAGGAAGAUGAAGAAGAAGAAGAAGGAGGAGGAAGAAGAUCCUUCUUGGAAAAUGAAGAAGAAGAGGAGAUGUGAGAGUCCAGUGGAAGACCCAGCUGUGGGAAGAUUCGGAGAUGGAGGUAGAAAGCAGUAUCCUCUGAGAAGGAAAAGAUCUGGAAGUCCAGAGGAGAACCCAGCUGUGGUAAGAUACGGAGAUGGAUAUCGAAAGCAGUAUCCUCUAAGAAAGAAAAGAUCUGGAGGUCCGGAGGAGAACCCAGCUGUGGAAAGAUACAGAGAUGAGGAUAGAAAGCAGUAUCCUCUGAGAAGGAAAAGAUCUAGAAGUCCGGAGGAGAACCCAGCUGGAGGAAAAGAGAAGCAGGUUCGAGAGGACGCCAAAACAUCUGCAUACCUCGACAUCAACAAUUACUGCCUAUAUAAGGAGUUAGGCAAAGGCAGCUUUGGCAAGGUGGUGUUGGCAUCAUAUACCAUCAAGGACCAACUGACUGCUAUUAAGAUCAUUGAGAAGCAGCGGGAGGAUGACUUGAAAUAUGUCAGGAGAGAGGCAUCGGUUCUCCAGAUUGCUAGCAGGUGCCCAUUCCUAUGCCGGGCAAUGGCGACUUUCCAAACUCAGUCGCUGAUCCUGCUAGCCCUGGAGUACGUCAGUGGCGGCACUCUGCAGAACAUCAUCAAGACCCGGGGCCAUCUGAACAGUGAUCAAAUCCUGUUCUAUGCUUCAGAAAUAGUGGUAGGCAUAAAGUUCCUGCACAAGAAUGGGAUCGUUCAUAGGUAA